AUGCCACAGGUGUCGUUCAUGUUGCAGAACAAGAUUGUGGACCAGUGUGAGAGGCUGCAGUUACAGAGUGCUGGCAUCACCAAGUACGUGGCUGAGGUCCUACCCGGGAAGAACCAGAGAGCAGUGAGCAUGGCCAGUGCAGCCCGGGAGGUGGUCAUCCAGCGGCUGGGUCUGGUGAGGAGCCUGUGUGAGGCUGAGGAGCAGCGGCUGCUGGAACAGGUGCACGGCGAGGAGGAGCGCGCCCACCAGAGCAUCCUGACGCAGCGAGUGCACUGGGCCGAUGCUCUGCAGAAGCUCGACGCCAUCCGCACCAGCCUGGUGGACAUGCUCACCCACAUGGAUGACCUCCAGCUGAUUCAGAAGGAGCAGGAGAUUUUUGAGAGGACCGAGGAAGCAGAGGGCAUUUUGGAUCCCCAGGAGUCGAAAAAGUUAAACUUUAACGAGAAGUGUGCUUGGAGCCCACUUCUGACCCAACUCUGGGCAACAGCAGCUCUCGGCUCCCUCUCAGGCACAGAGGAUGUGCGUAUCGACGAGAGGACCACCAGCCCCUUCCUGCAAUUGUCAGAUGAUCGAAGGACUCUGACCUUCAAUGCCAAGAAGUCCAAGGCCGGUGCAGAUGGCCCAGAGCGCUUCGACCACUGGCCCAAUGCCCUGGCCACCACCUCCUUCCAGGCCGGGCUGCACACCUGGAUGGUGAAUGUGCAGAACAGUUGUGCCUAUAAGGUGGGCGUGGCCUUAGGCCAGCUGCCCCGCAAGGGUUCUGGCAGUGACUCUCGCCUGGGCCACAACGCCUACUCUUGGGUCUUCUCCCGCUACGACCAAGAGUUCUGUUUCUCACACGACGGGCAGCAUGAGCCCCUGGGGCUGCUGCGCUGCCCCGCACAGCUGGGCAUGCUGCUGGACUUGCAGGCCCAGGAGCUGCUAUUCUACGACCCAGGCUCGGGCACGGUGCUCCACACCCACCGUGCAUCCUUCCCUGGGCCCCUCUUCCCAGUCUUUGCUGUGGCUGACCAGACCAUUUCCAUUGUCCACUGACCUUUGGCACUGGGGAGGCCAGAUCUGCCUUCCCAUCACCCUUUUAGGCCACGUUUCUACCCAGAAUCCUUUUCCCAAAUGUUGCCCAUGCCCACUGGGCAGCUUUUGGAGGGGUAGGGAUCCAUUUCAGACCUGGGUGCAACUGUUAAAUACUGGGUAUCUGUGGGGAACUGCCACUCCCUGAGCCUUAGUCUCCCAAAUUCACCCUCUGAGGGUGUCUUGUUCACCACUUAAUCUCUGGCAUCCCGCAUGGUGCCUGGUGAGUGUGCAAUAGGUAUCUGGAGCGUGAGUGGGUGGAUGGGUGCAUGUGGUAGGCGCUUCUGCAGAAGUGCUGCCUUUCAGCCCCUCGCCCCCAGCACUUCUUCUGAGCUUGUAGAAGUGGUUCUGUGGCAGAAAAGCCCGUGGCUGAAGCCCUUUCAUCUCCUCAGUUCAGUGCUUUCCCAUCCUUUUCAUGACAUGGCACACAGAAAAUAUUUUUCUAGCACACAAGGGCGGGAAGGUAUCUCAUCCCUGUGUGGGAUCUAGAACUCCUCCUAGGCUGCUCCUGGUCAGAGGACUCUGGCCUGGGCAGCUGUGUUCCCUGUAGGUCCUACCUGGCCACUCGGGAGACUGAGAAAAUCCUAUCUCCAGGUAGCCUGACUGCAACACACCCAUCGGCAGCUCUGCCUUGGACCUGGUGGCUGACCUUCAGGGGUGAAUUUUCUCCCAGCUGUAGCUGAUGUAUGCCCCGCCUGAUGGCCCCUUCUGACAUAAUGUGGAGACCUGGGGUGAGAACCUUGAUCCAGAAAGAGCUGAGGGGGUAAGAGAGCCAGCCUUAGAGAACAUGUACAUUAUUAAAGGUUUUAAAAGACUGAAAAA